AUGCCGCGGCUCGCAAAGCCAAUCCUUGACUGCCAUGCUACGUUUACCGGCCCGGAAACCAUCACGCUUCCCAGCACUGGCCUGGUCGCACUUUCUGAAAGUGGGCAGAGGGAUUCGCAAGCUCCUAUCGCCACAGGUGGAGAACGCUCCUCAGACUCGAGCGACAAGCGGUUCUCUGCUCCCUCUGGUCAGCGCCAAACUGGCGGAGACGGAGAUCGCGGAGCCACUUCAAGCAGCCAUCGAUUCUCAGCUCCCUCCGCCUCCCUCCCGCGAUUCUCUGGUUCUUUCGACCAGCAAUUGCGUCUCUCUGGUUCUCCCCGCCAGCAUCAAUCGAAUGUUUCAACGACUGUCUCUGCACAGCAGCUCGAUGCGUGGAUCACCUCUGAGAACAUCAACCUGCACGAACAAGCCGGCUUGAUUGUGAUCGCCAAAGUUGACUUGCAUCGAGAUCUUUCGACGGACCAAGGCGCUGAGGCGCGUGCGACCUUGAUGAAAUUGCUGAAGAGAGCGCGGCACCAUGCAGAAACAAACGACACAAAUCAAAGGCGAUAUGAGAAACUCAAAGCGGAUCUGAAAGCUGCUGAUCAGAAAGCUGGCAAACAGUUCGAAAUCGAUGCUGGCUUCAUCGACCUCACCACCCGCGGAAGAAUCUCGAACAGAGUUCCGAACUUGAUGGAGGUCAAUGACUUCGUGUUGCGCAACUUACGAGGCAAGAAUGAUGGCUUGCGAAGUCUACGCACCUAUCUCCGCAAUUUGGGCAUUUCCAUUGAAGCCAAUGUGAAAAGACAGUGCGAAUACCUGGACGACAUUCUCGUGGAAUGGGAUCCCAGCAGGAUCGACAGGCGCGGCGACGUCGAGGCUGUUCUGCUUGUGUCCUACCGUGUCUCCACCUUUACGGACCCUCGCACGCUGAACGGAAGCCAAGCCCGCCAGGCGGUAGCUAAGUUACAAAAGAGACUUCGUGAUCGCGUCACUGCAGCGAAUGUUGCAGACUUGAAGAAUCAAACGAACACCUCGAAGAUCUUCAAAGACCUGCUUGACGUGCUCCGCAGGGCCGAGGAGAGCGCUGACAAUAUUGAAGCCCGGAAGAGCAAGAAAUAG